AUGCCCUACAUUCAGGCACUCCAGGCGAGGGCAUCUAGGGUGGUGGAUUCUAUUAAGACUACGCUUAGUCCUGGACAGGAGUUCGCGGCUUUGCGAGAAGAUGGAGAUCAGCAGUUUGGUGCAAGAAGAGCAAGAAUGUGCUUUUUAGAAGAUCCUGUGUGUGUGAGGCGGCCGUACGGCGGUGUUGGAAUUGGCCGGGGCUUGGCAAUUUCGGAGUCGCCGCCGGUGAGGUAUGCACCUAGACGACAUCAAUCGGGAGAUCUCGCUGGGCGGCUGAGAAAAACGACUGACGUCGCGUCUACUCGGCUGACGAUGUCCCCGGUCGUUGAUUCCGCCAUGUGUGGUAGGAGGAGGUCGACGGGUUCGAAUAUGAUGAAGUUGCGUAGCCGAGGAGAGACACCGAUGAGCAGUUCACCCACGUUGGACAGUUUAUUGUCGCAACCGAUACUGGCAGACCCGCAUAGUCCUGUGGUGGACGCGGCGUUUGAUGUGGUGCCGUCGGUGGGGAUUGAACCUGCGCGAGAUCCGGUGCCGGAGGUUGAGUUUAAUCCGCAUGGAGAUUUGGGGGAGUUGGCUGAUUUGUCGGCACUUUAUGAUGAAGUUGGUGCACCGGUGAAUGCUGUUGAAGAAGAGGACGAUGAUAGCAUUUCGAGUUGUCGUCGGAGUUGUGAUGAAGUCGCCGCCGCACUACACUUGCAAGGAGUUGAGCAGUGGAGGAGGAAACAUUAUGUAUUUCUACAGCACGGCAUUUGGGGACACGACACAGAUCUAAUGGGAGUGAGAGAAGCCUUAUUGGGAGAAUGUGCGACACGUGUUUCGGAGACAACUGGCAUUCACAUCGAUCCGGAAACCCAAGAGGAGGUUGAAAUCAUUACGGUCAUUUCUGAUGUAAAUACGGGAAAAACUCACGACGGUGUCAAAGAAGGCGGGGAGAAUCUCUUCCGGUUAAUAGAAGAUACGUGUGAGCCGGGCAGUUUAAUAUCCCUUAUCGGUCACUCUCUUGGGGGCCUCUACUGUCGAGCGGCAUUGAAGCUCUUAGCUGCACAACAAUCACGAUAUCCAUACACUGACCCCAGUAGGACUGUUGGCACUUUGGGAUUGGUCCCAGUCAACUACAUAUCAUUUGCGACGCCGCAUCUGGGACUACGAGAAAUGCCAGCAGUUGUACAAUUUGGUGCUCUCGUGGUGAGCGGCAAGACAGGCUCGGACUUGCUACUGAGAUCUGACACUCUCGGGGAGUGGUUGAUUGACGAGGAUGCCCUCCGAGGUUUGUCCCUAUGCAAACGUCGAAUCGUCUAUGCAAAUGUCGCCAACGAUUUAAUGGUCGGUCCGUGGACCUCGGCUAUAUCUGAUGGCUUUCCUGAGGAGAUAUCCAUGCGGUGUCGUGCUCACCCUAAGCAGCCAGUAGAGGUUCAACAGGAAGUCCUCGACAAAUUUCGUUGCUAUAGGGCAUCUGGUAUACGAAUGCGAGGAGAUGCUUCGGAUACUAUGGUCAAACGAGGAUCAUCGUGCAGUAGUCGCAGUAGUGGUAGCACGUGUGAGAAUAAACCUGUGAAAAGGGGGACUUCAUCGGCGUCCUCAAGCAUGAACUGGUCGGAUGCUGGUGAUGCUUCUAUUGAGGAGUCCAGUGACUCGACAGAGGAAAUCAGGGAGAAGAAAAAGCAUAAAAAGUGUAUGAAGAACCUUACGUGUGAGCAACUGGCGAAGUUGCGGCAAAUGAUACGCGCCUUGGAGACUCUUGAGUGCACACCGUUUCCCUGUGACUGGAAAUACUCUUUAUCUUGCAGUGAUAAACCUGAUUCAUCCGAGUCCCUCGGUACUGUGCAAGAGUCUGUAUCCAACUGGGAAAGAUAUCUUGUAUACUAUAGGAAACCAAGGAUUGAGAAUCCUGGAAACGGAGCCCACUUGAAAAUCAUUAAUAUUGAUGUUGGGAAGUCUGGCGCUGGUGAUAGCGUGCUGAAACAUAUGUCAUCGAAAAGGCAUCAGCUUCAACGAUAG